CGGCGGCGCGGGCCCGGCCCCGUGUGGUGGCUGCGGGAAGGGCCGGGCCGGGACUGCCCGGGGGAAGCCCGGUGGCGGCUGGAGCCGGGCCCGGGGAUCCCCCGGCCGCGGGAUCGCCCCGAGAGGCGGCACAGGAAAACACAUCCAUAGGAUGGAGUUAGAGCACCUGAGUAGGCUGCGUCAGGCCAACAAGGACCUUCUACAAAAGCUAAGAAUGAAGCAGGAAGAGAUCAGAAAAAGUCUUCCCAGCAAGCCACUUAUUCCAGCAUCUCUUCCUAAUGUAGCAACUACGAAAAGAUCUGUCCCCUUGCCCAAGAGAGGGAAGGAAAAUCAAGUUGAUGCUGUGUCUACUCAACAUGAUCCUGCAACGUUGGUCUCUGUGGAACCCAGAGCUUAUGCAGCCAGAGCAGCCCUUUGUUCCUCACUCAAACGCAGCAGAAAUGACAGAGGGGUGCAGCAACAAAUGAAGGUGCAGGAAUUAGUAGGUUUGGAUUCCAGCUCUUCUGAUAAAGAGAAGAAUGUUAUGCCUGCGUCUGCAAUCAUUGCAUGUGGUAGAGAAACCUGCAGAGUGGAUAGGUAUGGCCAGGAUCAAGAAAGUGCAGAGAACGAAACUUUCCUUCUGGGACAUGGAGAGAACAAAAACCAGUCCACUCUUCCACAUGGUCUCAAUGAGAAAAAACAACCUAAGGCUCACUUGGACCUAUCACUGAACAAAAAACAAAGUGAAGAGACCAGCAAUGAGCCCAUAACCCCUAAAUCAAUCCUGCUGACAUCUCAAUCCAAAGAGUGGAAGAAGGAAGUUGCUCAUGUGACUUUUCAGUCUGAGCCUGAAGAAUACGCCUUGCCUAUGAGUAGCUGGUCCGUGUGUCCAUUCCUGGGCUAUGACUGGAUUGCAGGGCUUCUAGAUACAGACUCUUCAGUAGCACAAAAAUCCGAUCAAUAUUUUGCUGAGCUGCAUGAGUUCCGACAGGCCAACAAAGAAGCAUGUAUCCAUGAGCAGCACCUGGAGCCCAAGGCUCUGGAUUACAUAAUUCCUGAACAAGAACAAGAUUUGAUAACCAGUUCCCAUAAGUGUGUUUACUGUUACCGAUUAAACCAGCGCCUCUUCACUGUCCCUGUGGAUUCAGAAUCUGCCUGUCCCGUGUGUAAGAUGCCACGUGCCCACCAGCCCCCAGAGACACUGGAAGAGCCAGCCUAUGUCAGGGUCAGCAUUCCUAGGUCUACUCUUCUGCCUGCCUACAAAUACAAAGCUCAUCGCAGGAAUAGCUUUGAACCAGCAGACAGUCUAGCGUUACCCUCGCAUUGCCUGGUUGGCUGGGAAAACAUCAUCCCUUCCAGUAACUCCACACUCAGCAAUUUGGAUCUGCGAGCUUCACUGGAAGAGAAGCCUUCUCGCCAUCCUCGCGUGAACUUGGUGUCCAGAGUGUCAGGAGGAACCAGAACUGACCAGCUUCUAAACCUGACCCGUUCAACACUCUUCAGAUUUAGCAAGGCUUCUCAGCAGAGGGAGCAAACCAAACCUGGACACUACAGAGCAGCUCCAGAUUUAAAUAGUACUACCUCAACUGUGAACCACUGACUUGUUUGCCUUGGGGAGGGGGUGGAGGUGGGGAGUGGACAAAUUAAUUUGGUUAAAAAUAAAUCUUGAACAAGAGAUUUUUUUCUAAUUUUCAUAGUCCCGUGUCUCUGUCAGCAACCAAUACACAUACCUCAAUGUACCAACCCUCAUAACCCUCAUAUAUGUCUUUUCACUUUUCUUUUUGUGAAUUUUGCAGCUACUUCUAAGCAGAUGCAUGAGCUUUCCUCCUUGGGGCUGCAUAAAGAGUUGAGAACAGGAAAACUAGGAGAGGCAUAGCAACAGAUACGCAUAGAGUUCACCUGCCGCCUCGAUUAAGUGAACCAGAAAUGUAAGUUUAGCUUUGAAUGCAAGGGCAAGGAAUUAGUCUAUGAAUGGCCAGGUUCAGUGGGAUGCAUACAAAUAUGCUUAUUUCCAAACACUUGAAACAUGACACACAAUUUGCUAGUGCCUUAGACUUGAGUUACUCAACAAUUUAGUUAAAACAAAAAAAAUCCAGUCAAUUUUCAGUUCAAUGUCUCUAGCUGUAGGAGGGUGUAUUACACCAGAGAAAUAAACCUGAAAAAUGACAUUAAAAUAAAAGAUUUUAUUACUCAGAAAGCCAGAAAAUGCCUUAAGAUGUUUUCAAAUUAUGCUUACCUCUGUUUUUGCAAGUUUUUUGGAGAUCAGCCAAAAAACUUUGUGGAGUUUUAAAAACUAUACCAGAACAAAGUGUAUGAUGUGAUACGAUUUUUUUGAACUUCAUAAAAUGAUCUUACUUUCCUUAUUUAAAAAUGGUUAAAUGGAUGUCUUAUUUUGUCUUCAGUAAGCCUCAAACAGAAUUUCCUGCCUUAAGAAUUCUGUAAGUUACUGUGAAAUCUUUACUAGUAAUUGCAUUCAGAAGCUUUGGUUUAAAUUUAUUUCUGGGAGUUAACAUGACAGAAGUUCUUGGGUUUACACCAAUGACGUUUUUGGCUUCUUGCUAUUCAGUGUUAUUUACUUACAUGUUCAAUACUUAAUUUAGAAAUUAAAUGUGCGAUUAGACUUUUUUAAGCAAGGAAGGAAUGUUGCAAGUUUAUGAAAACAAUGUGAGACUGUUGGAAUGGAAAG